AUGUCCGCGAAUACAAUUACCCACUCGAUCGAGAUCGGACUUCGAGUCGUCGGUAUCUGGCCAGGCGCCGCUUACGCGAUCGCCAAUCGGCUCUUCUGGAUCACGACGAUGCUAACCGCGCAGAUUUUUCAAUACCGUCAUGUGGUGUUGCAUUGUAACUCCGAGGAUCUUGAACAGCUGAUGGACGGCCUGAGUGAGACGCUGUCGUACAGUUUGUUGUUUGUCAAGUUGAUUGUUUUCUGGACGAAACAACGAAUAUUCAACGACGUGUUAGCAAGGAUUGCGACGGACUGGAAGGAAUGCGGAAAUGCGGAAGAUUGCGGCAACGCCUGGUGCAAUAUGAGCAAUGUGGCCGAUCUGUCUCAUCGUUUCUCCAAUAUGAUUAUCGGCUUGCACUCGAUGGCCGUGAUGGUCUACGGUAUCGGCGUCGUCGUCUUGCGUAGCGACAACGGCGUCACCAAGGAUCGCGAACUCUUCCUCAAGAUGGAGUUACCCUUCGAGAGCGGCACAUCACCGAUCUACGAGCUCGUCAUGACCACGCAGUUCCUUCAUCAGAUAACGGCCGCCACCGUGAUCGGCGUGCUCAGCGCGCUGCUCGUUACGCUGGUGCUACAUGCAGGCGGUCAGAUAGACAUUCUACGUGAAAGAUUAUUAGAGAUUUCACCGGGGGGUGAGAAACCGGCUAUAUCCAUGGUCACGAUAGGCCCCUUGAUCCGGAGGCAUCAAAACAUCAUCGUUUUCACCGAGAAAAUCGAAGACUUGUACUCGUAUAUCGCGUUAGCACAAUUCAUAUCGAAUACCUUCGUUAUUUGCUGCUUGGGCUUUAUCAUCGUGAACUCGAUUGGCGGCCAAGAAAGCUCCUCUAUGCUAGUGAGAUCCCUUUUGUUUUACGUCGUCAUUAAUUUAGAAGCGUUCAUCUUUUGCUUCGCCGGCGAAUAUCUAAGCGUUAAGAGCAAGAUGAUUGGCGACGCGGCAUAUGAGUCUUUGUGGUACGAUUUGACUCCAAACGAGAGUCGAAUCCUACUGUUUCUGAUAAUGAGAUCGCAAAAGCAACUGACAAUCACGGUCGGCAGGUUCAUGAACCUCUCUAUGCAACAGUUCGCAAACAUUAUUAAAUCAUCGGCGUCAUAUGUCUCCGUACUUCACGCGUUGUAA